GCAAUUUUUUGCCGUUACGUUUUUUUCUUUCCCUCUCUCCAAAAUUUUUUGCGGCCGCAUUCCACCCCUUUACCUUCUCGAUCCCUAAAUAUUUCCAUCCAACCUAUGAUCUCACCUACUUUGCUCUUUUCUUUCUUGAUCUCUUCUCGAUUCCCCCUCUACCGCCACCUUACUGCCACCAUAAUCCCCCCAACUUCCCCGACGAGCACUUCUGCAUACUGCCACCAGAUUCCCCCUCUACCGCCACCUUGCUCUUUUGUUGUCUCCUCUUCUCAGAGGACACGAAGGGCUUAGGGCGUCGAUUAGGGAUUUUGUUCUGGUCGUCGCCUCCUCCUCCUCCUCCUCCUUAUCAUCUUCAUCAACAAAUCCAUCAAUUUGUCCUCACCAUCGCGGCCGACGAGCUCGGCUUCUUCUGGGUGGCGAGGAUGCAAAGGAGGACUCCAGUCGGUUGCAGGCCAGGGAGUCGCCAACGAGGCGAGGUGCUUGUGGUUAAACCAUAAAACCCUAACAUUAUCACAUCGCCGAUACCAACGUACACGAUUUUCUACCACGGCAUUUGGCAAAUGCUCAAAGGAGCCAAAGGUUCCCAUAGCGCCAUGACGAUCGCCCUUCCAGUCGCAAUCGGCUCUCUACCCAUCGGCGCAACCCCAGUCAGGUUCAAACAAACCCAAGCGCCGGUAGCUGCACUUAGGAUCCAGUCUCCGCCUUCCUCCUCUUCCGCCUCCGUCGACUGGGUGAAGGUCACCGACGGCGAGUUCUUCCAAACUGACUCCAGGCCGAUCAUGCUCUUCGACGGCGUGUGCAAUUUGUGCAACGGUGGAGUCAGAUUUGUUUGCGACAAUGAUCGCAACAGGUCUCAUGGUCCUUUCCAUUUUCUUCUUCGUUUUCCCCCUUUUCUCAGAUGGUAAUUUUGUCUGGUAUCCGGUCGUCAAGAACAAUUUUUUUCCCAUUGAAAUAUUUCUUCUAUGUAGAAUGAUUAGGUACGAGGCACUUCAGAGUGAAUCCUGUAGGAAACUUCUGCAAUCUUAGAAUUAUUUUUUUUAGAAAAAAAUCUAAGAAGUUUUCUUCUGUUUUGAUCUAUAUAAAUGGAGUCUUCUUCAGUUGUUGAUUGAUAUACAACUGGGUUUGCAUAUUAGAAUUUAACUAGGUUUGCAUCUCAUGUUCUAUUACAAGUGGAGUCUCACUCAUGUUCUAUAAAAUAAAAAGAAAAAAGAAUUAAACUGGGUUUGCAUCUUAGAAUUGAUAUACCAUGUGGUUACUCAGGUGUUUUUUAAAGUUAAAACCUUUUUAUGCGUUAAGUUUUCAUUGACAAGUGGAGAGUGAACUAGAUCUUAGACUUUGCUACCCUUUAAUCUUACCUAGAGCGCACUCUAGAUUAGAAUAUAUAAAAUUGCUAUUGCAGGUGAGAUCUCUAACACGUGAUGUUAGAGUGUGGAGCCUUCUGUUAUCAAUCUCUUUCAAUCACUAGGUAACACAUUUGCAAACUCCAUCUGCCAUCAACAACUAAUAGCAACUUAGAGGAUGUCUCUAGGUAAUGAUAAUGAAGUCCUGGAUUGCCAAAAAAAAAAAAAAAAUCCCUGCAGUUGUGGUUGUUAUUAACAUUUUUUAUUCAGCUUUUGUUUGCUUAACAAGAAUCAAGAGCAUUCCUCUAUGAACAAGCCUAAACAUUCACAUCCAAUUACAGUGAAAGAAAAGUUCAUUCAGACAAAGGUGUGAUGUGAUGCGGUCUAUCUCUAUUCUAUUAUUUUUUUUUAUGUUUAUGGAUACAUCAACUAGAAGAAGGCUUAGUGUUUUACCUUUUUGCACAUGUUUAGGAAGCAUUUUUCUUCAGUAACUUCAAUCUGCUAAGGUUUAUUUGGACAUGUUAACAAAUGUUAUGUACUUGAGUGUUACUUCUUAGUUAUCAUCUCUUUGUUCAAUUUUGUUAUCCUCAAAUUCUGAGGCCUGCAUGCAUGUAUUAUGAUUCAGAAUCAUCUACUAUUUUUUACGGUGGCCAGCUUUAACAUAGAAAGUUUCAGACAGAUGGCAUCACAUUUCUUUGAUUUCGAAUCUCUAUUUUCUAAUUCGUGUUUCAGGAACUUGUAGUGAGAGGCGAAAAAAAGACCUAAUAGAAUACUGAUGCAUCUUUUCUCUCACCAAUAUGCAGAUAAGUUCUUUGUUCAAAAAACAGUAGGAGAUCAGCUUUCAGUCACACAACAAAUGUGGGAUAGUGUCUGUGCUAAUGACAAGAAAACAGUCUAUCAACAUAUUGUGGCUUCAGAUGCAGAUGUGCAUGUUGUCUAUGGCCUGACAUAAGCAAAUUCAUCUUUAACACUCGCAAAAGCUAUGCUUCUGUCGAUCAGACAACUGCCGUGGUAGAUCAUAGUUCUAGCUGCUUAUUAACUGAUACCUUGCAUAAAUCUUCUACUAUGAGUUCUAUUGGCUCAGCAGGCAAUAGUGAAAAUAGAUAUGAAUUGGAUGAAUGCUUUGAAGGCUUCACUCUACUUCAUCUUGCACGCCUAACUUCAGAUAUGGGCAUGGUAGAGCUCCUACUGCAGUAUGGUGUAAAUGUUAAUUCCACUGAUGUAAGAGUAAGGACACCACUUCACCAUUGUAUUCUUAUAGGCAGACAUUCUUCAGCCAAACUACUACUGACAAGGUGAGUUGCCCUAUUCAUAUACUUCUGAGUUCAUGACAGCAUCUUAUUUGGUGCGACAAAUUAGUGAAUUCCUUUGUUAAAUAUUUUGAGACCUGAGUCUAUAUCCAUCUUAGGAGAAUUUUUGGAAUCUCUAUGAAGGCAGUUUUUAAUUAUGCAUAAACUCUGCACCAUUCCUCCCUUUUUGCCUUUCUCUGCAUUUUCUCACUAAAAAUAACACAAGAGGCUAUCAUUACUGAUCUCAAGUUCCAGAAAUAUUUUACAAAAAGUUAUAAUAAAAUGUGAUAUUGUAUUAUUUUCUUAACUUGGAUACAUCGACAUACCUUAGCUGGAUUUUUUGUCUUUUAGAUAAAAAAAAAUCCUUUGCCUCAUAGGAUUGAGCUAUAAAAGUUGUCCUUGCAUGUAAAGUAGCAUCUUAUUGAUAAUGUCACAUUGUCUUUUAGAA